GGUCACCAUCCGUCCAUUGAAUCCAUUGAACCAAUAUUUUGUUCRCUGUUCCGUAGCACCGUUGUUGUAAUUCAAGUAAGUCGACGCUUUACGUGUCUACGUUUUGGUUUAUUCAACCUUGUAUUGAUUGGAAUCGUACAAUUGGUGGUAUUCGAUGACUCAYAAAAAUUUACUGCAUUGUCGAUGUGGAUGAUGCCUCAACUCAUGAUUAAAAAAAUCUGGUGUUUUUUCGAAUUAUCAUAAUACUGUAGUCAUCUUCAAUACAUAAUUCACACAAGUGAAACAUACAAAAAAUGGGCAGCCGAUCAGUAGUUGAUUACGAAAAUCUAGUGAAUACAUCAUUCACAGAUUCGAAUCUAUCGAUUCGAUCAAGCGUGAGACCACGAUGGGAACGCAAACAACGCCAGCAGCAGCAGCAGCAGCAGCAGCAACAACAAAAUUCAAGCCGUCUUCCUCUUUCCUCAGCUUCUUAUAAUAAAGGAAGCGUUGGGGGUGCCACCGGAGGUGAUCGGUUCAUUCCAAACCGAGCGGGUAUGAACGUGAAAUUGUCACAGCACAAUUUGAGAGGAGAAACAACAGACUCUUCUUCUCAUUCUUCUAGAUCAUCGUCUUCAUCGGAUAUCCAGUCAACUGAUGGGGGUGUCUCUGAACAAACCGAAAAUCAAAAAGUUGUUUCCGAUGCAAACAAGGAUGUGUAUUCUUCUCAACUGAGUGCGGCGUUGUUGGGGGUUGAAGAUAAGGCCAACAGUCGCAUCAUGAGCUUCGCURAAAAGGCACCAAUUCCAAAGGGAGAUACUGUCAACAAUCUAAAUAUAUUGUACUCUGCUUCUGCUUCGGCAGGUCAGAAGAAGACCAACAGUAAAUUGGUGAGCCGUGCCAUUCCCUCCGCCCCAACCCGAGUAUUGGAUGCCCCCGAUUUACUAGAUGACUACUACCUCAAUCUGCUUUCUUGGAGUGACACAAACAUUUUAGCAGUUGCCUUGGCCAACACUGUCUAUCUGUGGAAUGCYGGGACAGGAGAUAUUCAGGAAUUGUGCACAUAUGAAGAAGGAGAAUCGGUUGACGCACAUAUCUCUUCCGUUGCAUGGGUUCAAGAGGGAGGAGCCCAUUUGGCUGUUGGAACAUCGGGGGGAAAGACCCAGCUCUGGGAUGUCCAAGCAUGCAAGCAACUACGAUCGAUGGAUGGACAUAGUGAUCGCAUAAGCUCCAUGGCGUGGAAUCGCCAUAUCCUUAGCAGUGGAAGUCGUGAUACGAGUAUUGUUAAUCAUGAUGUCCGUGUUGCCCGCCAUGCAACUUCUACCCUCUCAGCACACACACAAGAAGUUUGUGGGUUGGCUUGGAGCAACGAUGGGGAAACGUUGGCCAGUGGCGGUAACGAUAAUCUCCUAUGUCUUUGGGAUGCCUCUGCCUCAUUGUCGUCGAUAUCGAACAGACAGGAACCUCGUUUCAGAAUGACGGACCACCAGGCUGCGGUAAAAGCCUUGGCAUGGUCGCCCCACGACCGCAAUCUGCUUGCUACUGGAGGUGGAACUGCUGAUCGAUGUAUUAAAUUCUGGAACUCGAAGAAUGGUGCUCUUUUGAACUCGAUUGACACAGGCUCGCAGGUCUGCGCCUUGCAAUGGAACCCUUUUGAGAAAGAAAUCCUCUCUAGCCACGGGUACGCUCGGAACCAGAUAUGCCUCUGGAAAUAUCCUUCGAUGACGAAGAUUAAAGAACUGGAGGGUCACACAUCUCGCGUUUUGCAUAUGGCAACCAGUCCUGAUGGGAGCACUGUUGUUUCCGCGGCAGGAGACGAAACCUUGCGUUUCUGGGAAAUCUUUGCUCCUCCAUCGAAAGCGUCGGCAUCAAGCGAAAUUAUCGGGAGAGGUGGUAUGCCUUCCAAGCUCAAAUGGACAACUCAAAUUCGUUAAGUGAAAAACUGAAAUUAUGCCGCGCAUUAAAGUGAAACAUGUGGG